AUGAAUCAGAAAACUUCCGACUCAAAAGAUAUGAUUAUGGUCACUUGUAAUGACCGUUUAGGCAAAAAGGUUCAGGUCAAGUGCACUCCAACCGACUCGGUUUUAGAAUUUAAGAAAUUACUUGCAGCUCAUAUCGGUACCCCCUAUAAUAAAAUUAAAUUAAGAUAUGGAGGGAUCAACUCUCUUAAUAAUAAACUCACAUUAGAUGAUUAUUCAAUUAGUAAUGGUGUUAAUAUCGAACUAUAUUAUACAUAA